UCACUUAAAAUUUUUACCAAAGUUAGUACUUAACACAUAUAUAUAAAUAUAUACAUUUCCAAUCAAAUUAUAAACCUACUUUACUAAGCAUAUUUUUAUAAAAUAUGUCUUCAUCAUGCAUUAUGAGCUCAAAUGAGAGCAUAGUGUUUGAUCCAUCAAUGAUCCAAAACCAACCCAAGUUACCAAAAGAGUUCAUUUGGGCCGGGUUCGAUUCGAUGCAACAACAAGAAAACAACAAUGAUAUGCUCAAUGAACCAUUGGUGGACUUGGAAGGCUUCUUUAAGGGUGAUGAAGAGGCCAUCAAACAUGCUGCUGAGUUGAUCAAUAAGGCAUGUUUAACCCAUGGGUUCUUCCAAGUCACUAAUCAUCGAGUCGAUUCGAGCCUCAUUGGGGCUGCCCAUGAUCAAAUGGAUGGCCUCUUCAAGUUGCCCUUGGAUAAGAAAUUAAGGGUUCAGAGGAACAAAGGAGAAAUGUGGGGCUAUUCUGGUGCCCAUGCUCAUAGAUUUUCUAAACAACUUCCUUGGAAAGAGACUUUCUCUUUUGGCUACAAUUAUGUUGAUGAUCAAGGUGGUUUGAUGAACUCUUAUAAGCCUAUUGUGUUUGAUUAUAUCAAAUCUUCAUUAGGAGAGGACUUUGAAUAUGCAGGUAUCCGCAGGUGGGUGUACCAAAGGUAUUGUGAAGCUAUGAAGGAUCUCUCUCUAGUAAUAUUUGAGCUAUUAGCAAUAAGUUUGGGAAUUGAAAGACAAUAUUUUAGGAAAUUUUUUGAAGAUGGAACCUCACUAUUUAGAUGCAACUCAUACCCACCAUGCAAUGAACCAAGCCUAACCUUUGGCACAGGCCCGCAUUGUGACCCGACUUCUUUGACCAUUCUACACCAAGACCAGGUUGGUGGCCUUGAAGUUUUUGCUCACAAUAAAUGGCAAGCUGUUCGACCUAGACAAGAUGCCUUCGUUAUUAACAUAGGAGACACUUUCAUGGCAAUGUCUAAUGGGAGAUACAAGAGUUGCUUGCAUAGGGCAGUGGUGAACAAGAAGAAAGAGAGAAAAUCAUUGGUUUUCUUUGUGAAUCCAAAAGAAGACAAAAUAGUGAGGGCCCCACAAGAUCUGAUUGACAGAGAAGAAGGGACAAAGUCUAGGAAAUACCCUGAUUUUAAAUGGCCUCAUUUGAUGGAAUUUACACAAUUUCAUUACAGAGCUGAUGUUACUACCCUUCAAAGCUUUUUCCAGUGGUUACCCUCUUCUAAUUUGCCUUGAUUUAUUUUUAUUUUUUUUUUUUUAUUUACCUCUUUUUAAGCUACUAGGUUCAUAACUAAGUACAAUGCAAAAUAAAAUGGAAUGAAGUUAGAGAAUUUGUCUUCUCGUUUUGGUUUGUAUGUUUGUUACGUCUGCAUGUAAUGUCAUUUUCGAAUUGUAUAAUAAUUAAAAAUGAAAUAAGUCUUGGAACUUUUUUUUCCUUUUUUAUUUAGUAGGUUUAAAACGAAAAAAAAAU